AUGUCGUCCCCUAAUCAUGUGAUCAUUGUAGUUGUAUCCAUAACAGUCGUCUUGGUAGUUGGAAUCAUUCUCUACAUUUGCUGUAGGAAAAAAUUUUGCCAUGGUGAAGAGAGGGAUGUGAUACAAUAUAUGUAUGGCAGUCAAGACGAUCUGUGUGAUGAAACAUCUGUGUGUAGUCAGUCUGUACAAACUUGUAAUGAUGUACCUGUAAUGAUGAAUGGCACAGGAUUUCCAGUAUCCUAUGCACAGAUGGGAGAAACGCAUACUGUGAUGGUACAUAAGGAGCCAUUUGGAUCGCCACUGACCAAGCCACCUGAAUCACCUACGGCUCAGCCAUCUGAAUCAUCACCGGCCCAGCCAUCUGGAUCAACACCAACCCAGCCAUCUGGAUCAACACCGAAUUGGCCAUCUGGAUCAUCAACAACCCAGCCAUUUGGAUCAUCACCGACUCAUCCAUCUGGAUCACCAACAACUCAGCUACCUGAAUCAUCACUGACUCAGCCUUCUGGAUCACCAGCGAAUGGAUCAGCAGCUACAUCUCUGGCAUCACUACCAGAUGCAGUGCUUUUAGAAGAACUUGAAACACACAUGGAGCAUAGCAAAACCCAUACAAUUUGCGGAAAAUUAAUGGUGUGUAUAUCACGCACUGUGGACCACACUGGUGAUUGUUUAGUGUUAGACAAAAUGGGAAUAUCGUUAUACAUCCCACCAUAUGCAAUUGCAGAAGGACACAAAGAAACCAUAUUUCUAAUCUUGGACUGGGACUUGGGAGACUUCCCACAAAUGAGCUCUGAGCAGUCCAUUAUUAGUCCUGUUGUUUACUGUGGACCACAUGGGCUAAAGUUUAACAAGCGUUGUCGUUUGUGUUACAAACACUGUGCAUCUGAUACAAGCGAGGUGACAAUCUGGGCAAGUCAGACAUAUUUUUUCCCCGAAAAGAGUUGGGAAAUACACCAUGAACAGAACAAUUCUAGUGAAAAUAUCAGACUUCUGUCGGAAGAAUGUCAGAUAUAUACAACACACUUUACUUUGUUCACAUGCCUUACACAACAAGUCAACACAAAUUCAGUUGCCAAAAAGUGGCUGCAGUUAGCGGCAUUUGCCCGUCCAAUUCAGGUGGGGAAAUAUUAUGAGGUUCGAAUUUACUUUCUUAAUAACACUCCUUGCGCUUUACAGUUUGCAGAACAGAAUGAGGCAACAAAAUUUGAUGCUUACUUACUGACACCAGCACAGCCAUUCUUGUUCUUGGGCAACGGUGGAGCUAUGUGUUUAGAGUUGAUGAGAGUCAGUAAAGAUUGGGUAAAUGAAGACAACAACUUGGAAGUUAGACCGUUCUUGUCUGUCUGGCACGGUGAGUGUCCACAUGUACAGUUUGUAUUCAAGCCAUCCAACAACCAAGUAAAAGAAAUCAAUAUCACAUUUGCUGCUUAUCAGAGUUAUAAAAAAGCAGAGCAAACUACACUAAAGAUAGUAGCAGAAGCCAAAGAUGAGAAACCAGCUGUCGUGGAAUCCAAUAGAGCCAGCACAGAACCAUCAUACAAACGUAGUGAAAGCUAUCAUAUACCACACUGGCUGCGGAUUGAACUUCAAGCUAUGUUAGACGGAGAUUGCCCAUUGGGAAAGAACUGGAAGGCAUUAGCAUCAUACCUUGGCCUUGACAGGUUCAUUCACAGCUUUGAAAGGAAGGAAAGCCCCACAUACUACGUACUCCUGGAAUUUGAAACACGUGGUGAAGACUUGUCUAACCUGGCAAUGAUUAUGAAUAAGAUUGGUCGUUGUGAUGUAAAGCGUCUAAUUGAGGAUUACUUAAUAACCGUCCAAUUAGAUACAAGCUGUAAAUCUGAGACAUUAUCAGCUCUGUCCAUUCCAGUCACCCGACUGUAG